AUGGCGCUGAAUAUCAGUCAGAUCAUCGCUGACGUACGGUCGACUGUGGUCCGAUUGCAUGAAAACGACAAACUCACCGAUACGCUGUUGGCCAGUCUACAGAGCGUGAACGAACGCAUCAACUGUAUGAGGGAGUCAUUUCAGUAUCGUGACGAUGUUUUUGAAUUCAACGAAGCAGUUCCGAACAGCGCCCGUUCUGUCAUUGUACAGAGUCUGCAGCAGGAGAAUCGUCAGAUGAGGCUGUUAGAAGAAGAGAACAAACAGCUGAAAAUAGUGCUGAAAGAGCACCAGACUGCCUUGGAUUUGAUCAUGUCUCGCUAUCGACAGCAGGUAUUGGAACUGAUCAGGCUAAACAAGCUUCAUGAAGUGGCCAAAGAAUACAAAACGAUGUUGUACGACGGAAACUCUAGACUUGUCCAUUUCGCCAGGAUCGUAAACGAAAUCAUCACUCACGGAGAGGAGCAAUCGGAACUGGACAUUGAGGAGAUCACGCGUCUACAAGUCGAGAAUAAGACUCUUCGCCAGUUGUUGCUAGGAGCGAGAAACAGCGAACGUGGCUGCAUUGAUUCCGGGACGUGCAUCUGCAAAAAGACCCUGAGCAACAUCCAUAACGGGUCUUCGUCGCCGGCCGCCUUGUCGAAACGUGACGACAAAGCGGAGGUGGAACCGGCAGAGUUGUCAAAAAUGCGAACGGAAACAUUUGAACCGAAUCAUUGUCCGUCGGAUCCGCUGCCUACGGGGUCGCCGCAGUCGGAAGCGUGCAACCGGAAUCUUAUGAAACUUAAAGUUGCUAACGGCGGUGCAAAAGGCUCAUCCGGUACUUCAACAUCUGCCGACCCCAGUGCCAGUAAUUUAAACGCAGUAUCGCCAAAGAUGGUAGCGACCACUAAAGUUCCUGUUGUCAAGAAGCCUCAUUUGUCCACUGGACCAAAAGCUCCCUCAUGCGUGAUUUCGAGGAGGCGAAGCGCCGGUACAUACGUCGCCAAAGACGUCAGACCUUCUGUCACCAACGGCAUUCUUCUGGCGAAGAAGAAAGUGACAUCAGACGAUUCAUCGGCGGCGGCGAAGGCGAAAACGGCGCCGAAGACGAGGUUCAGCUUUGGCGGACGCAUUUCGUUGGCAACGACGCCGAAGACGCAUAAUGUUGUGAAAGCGGAAAAAUAA